CUGUGUGGAAAGAAGUCCUUCUGAGCAUUUCCUCCUUCUCACUCGCAGCGGGGUGGAGGAGAGCCACACCUCGUGCGCGGGGCUGGAUUUCCCAAGGAAAGUUUCCAUGCCAGUCUGAGCCAGGGAAGUGGCUGGAGGCGAGAGAGGAAGGGGGUCGGAGGAGAAGGAGCCGCGCUUCUCAAGAAGACCAGAGCCCUGUUUCAUCAGAGAGAAGAGACGGUUUGUCUACAUAUAUGCUAAAGUAAACGACUUCAAACAACAUCUGAGGAGCAGCCCUAUUUGCGUCUGCCUCGCUGUCAGGGCACAGGAAGGAACUCCGCAAAUCUCCGCUGGCGUCUUUCCUCUGGAACGGCGGAAUCAUCUCAGUUCGCGGAAUGAUUUCCGAGGCCAUCGCGUGAAUCUUCUGGACCCUGCAGUGGUGGUGGGGAAGAAACCAGCUUUGGGUUGCGGCGGUCGCAGAAACCUUCUGGCGUAGAGAGGGAUCCAGCACGCGGAAAGGGGUCCGGCUUACCAGUAUCUGAGAGGAGAUCGACCCACUAGGCGGAAAGCUGGAAUCCUCAACGAAUAUGAGCGAUUUCUGGCACAAGCUGGGCUGCUGCGUCGUAGAGAAAUCACGGCAGCCGAAGAAGACGCGGCGGAGAAUCGACCGCAGCAUGAUAGGGGAGCCCAUGAAUUUCGUCCACCUGACGCACAUUGGGUCCGGAGACAUGGCAAACGAGGGUCUUCCCAUGACGGGGGCAAUGCAUGAGAUGAGAUCCAAAUGCGGCCGAGAUCGACAGUGGAGCAGCUCCCACGUUUUGUAGCUCUGUGGGAUUUCCCCCGCUUCCUUCUCCAUGUCCCGGGCAAAUUAGCAAAUCGAGAAAACCCAAAGAAAGAAAUAAGUAUGUAAACAACCCUCGCUCGAGUGACCUGCUCGGAUCCUGUCGAGGCAGGUCGGCGAAGCUCAGAAAGGCACCGAUCACCCUUCGUAACUUGUUCCAAACUGAUUCCAAAUGUCCCGAAAUCGGAUCGGAUUUUCUUUUUCAAAAGAGCGUCAGCAACAAACGCAGCAGCUUAUUCCGCCGCUAAUUUUCGCCUCCCAGAUUUGCAUAGAAAGAAGUUGGGCUGAAUUCAACACUCCCUUAGCUGCCGCUUCCUCUCUCUCUUCUCCCCCCCCCCAAAAAAUGCAGAAGCAUCUCUGGACCGUCAGUCUCUCAUGCCGUCCUUCAUUUCGUGGCUGCCGCAUCUUGCUUUCUCGCAACUUUGCAAGGAAUCGGGGCGGGUGUUUGAGGGAGGUUUACGCCCGGUGCUUCAGUAAGCAUCCUCGUCUGUGAACAUGCUAUCCAUUUAAAGCACAUCCAAAGCCUCUUCCAGACACAUCCAGGCAAAUCGUCCUGGGAACUGUAGUUUGCUGUGGGUGCUGGGAAUUGUAGCGCUGUAGGGGGUUAACUACAGUUCUCGGCGUACGUGUGCUUUAAAUGUAUAAUGUGUGUGCCAUUUUGCUUCAUUUUUUAAAAGUGCAUUCUGUUUCAUCCCCCCUCCCCCAAUCUGGAGAGGAACUUGUUGUAACUGUUGUUGUUGUUUUUUACAUGGAAGUGAAAUCACUGGAUUUUGGGGCGUUUUCUGGGGACGGGGAGAAAGAUCGACAUUUCCAUGAGGCAUGAUUUUUUUUAAAGAGCGGGAGGCAGAGUGCCACCCUGCCGGAAACUCCCAUGUGAAAGCCUUGCUGAAAUGACUGGAAGGCCCGCCAGAGUGUGGUUAGUGACGUUACAGGCACUAGCCAGUCGCCACCUUCCACAAUUGGCCAGCAUUUGCUCCUGCUCCUGAAGACCUUUCCUCUGUGCCAGUCACUAAAGAUGGGGUGUGGCUUCUUUGGGGUUUCCUGCACCAAAUCAUCCCACACGCAGGGCGGCCUCUGCACGUUGGACUUCCUCUACCAAAGGGCAGCAGAACGGGAGAAUUGUUUCACCAGGCAAAGGGGAGCGACUCUGCCUCCAGAGAUGAGAGAACAAACACGGAAGAUGGAGAGGAUCUGGCCCGGACGAUAGCAGGGUCUUGUCACCUCUUUGGCCACAAAGCAUCACGGAGGGAGAAAAUCUCUGGAUCACAUCAAGGCAAUUUUGGAACUUCCUUUUAUAUAUAUAUUAAAAAAUGCAUUAUUCCUGUUAAAAGCACACAGCUGGGCAAAGUUCUUCAUUCUGUUAGGGUAGGGACAUUUCACUGAGAUCUCGCUUGGGCUGCAGGACCUUGAUCCCCAGCUCUUCCCGUCGAACCAUAAAUGUGGGACUCUAGAGGUGCUCGGGCUACAACUCCCAGCAACCCCAACACGGACAGUGAGGGAAUUAUGGGAGUUGUAGUCCGGCAAUUUCAGGUGGGUGGCAGAUGCUUCCCUGCCCACCCCCCUCCAAUUUCUGGAACCUCCUCUCUCUGACCCUGUGAAAUUCUCCGCAGAAACAUCCCCCAUCUUGAUCGCUAAGGACUAAUCCUGACUCUCCUCCUGAGGGGUGGGGAACCUCAGGCCAAAUCUGGCCCCCCAGGCUGCUCUCUUUGGCCCUCGGAACUCUCCCUGGACCACGCCCCUCUCCCCAGGCCACGCCCCCUCUUUGUCCCUCCUUCGCAUCUUGAAUGAUGUCACCUGGCUGGGAUCUGUCCCUGAACUCUUGACGGGGACACAGAGAGGACUGUGUGAAAAUGUGCACUGCACAAAAGCGAAAAAUAUAUUCCUUGCUAUGCCCACUUUUCUACCUGGCACUGCCCACAGCUGGCAUGUUGCCCCUGGAAGGAAAUGCAGCCCUCUGGCCAGUUCAUAACUUCAGAAUUACUCCUCCUGACUCAAUGGGGUUUCUUAAGAGGAGGAGAAACUCUGAGGUGGAGGGGGUGGGAAGGCCUGGGGGGGGCUGGUGUUGGGUGAGCAUUUCAGAUUCCAAGUUUCUAGGCCAGGCAUCCCCAAACUACGGCCCUCCAGAUGUUUUGGCCUACAACUCCCAUGAUCCCUAGCUAACAGGACCAGUGGUCAGGGAUGAUGGGAGUUGUAGUCCAAAACAUCUGGCGGGCCGAAGUUUGGGGAUGCCUGUUCUAGGCCUUGUGAUGCUCUGGCACCGGGUGGUGGAUCAUUCCCACCCACAUUCUUUCUCUCUCGUUAUUAGCAGGGGCGCUGCAGAAUAUAUGAAGCCAGCAAGGCUGAACUCUGGAAGCGCUUUAGGGUUCCACUGCAAAAAAAUAAAAAUAAAAAGCCCACAUCUUUCUGUUCAUUAAAGGGGGGGGGGAAAGGAUGCUUAGCUUUCCUGAGCAAUGCCAGCUUUGUUGUCUGUUGAUGCCCCCCCCAAAAAAAACCCCUCUUUGCUUUUCCAUGUUAAGGUGAGGAAGACUUCCAUCCAUUUGCUCAUUACACAACAGGUUUGAAAUAUAUCAGAGGUUGUCUUCAUUUCUAUGUGUGCAGGCCAAGAAUAUUUUUUUCCUCAGGGAAGUGGCAGCUGUCUUGUUACUGCCAUUUUACCACCUUUUUU